AUGGCAGCCGAAUUCCAGACGAUUGCCGAGCAAUUUGUGGACUUCUACUAUGACACCUUCGACAAGAACCGCCCUGCUCUGAAGGCGCUUUACCGCCCGCAGUCGAUGCUCACGUUCGAGCAGCAGCCUGUCCAGGGUGCAGAUGGCAUCGUCGAGAAGCUCACGAACCUCCCCUUCAACCAGGUCAUCCACAAGGUCGCGACCAAAGACGCACAGCCCUCGGCCGAAGACGGCAUCAUCGUCUUGGUUACCGGCGCUCUGCAGGUUGAUGGACAGGAGCAGCCCAUGAGCUACACCCAGGUCUUCCAGCUCAAGAGCGAAGCCGGAAGCUGGUACGUCUUGAACGACAUCUUCCGCCUUGUAUACCCCGCCGCAUAG